AUGAACUCCACACUCAACCAGGGAGAUUCUCGCCCUGGGGAGGCACUCACGGUUCCCAGAGGAGGCUGGACCGACAAGCUUUAUGGUCCUGCGAUCAAACAAAUCCUCUCGGACUACAUCAACGAGCCGGACCCUGACACCAUUGAGGACAUUUUGCGACAUCCCAAUUCCCAAGAUUACAUGCUUUCUUGCAAGGGAGAGUUUUACGAUAAGGCAGUGGAUCCCGCACCUCCUGCUCAGACUACUACUGUUCUGCCCUCAUCAGCGUCGGUUCAACCGAAGGCAUCAAAGGACAGAGCCCCUGAGAUUACCACUUCAUCUACGCAUCCUCCUCGUGACCGCAAGCAGCGUCCGUCCAAUGCGUUCUCCUCAUUUAGUUUCCUGACUAGCAAGAGAAAUCGCACUACGUCUGGAUCAUCUCUCGACGCGCGUAUGUGGUGGAAACACAACGGUACAUAUGAUUUUCUUGUUGUCGGAUGUCGAGUCUCAUCAUGGUUCACACUCCCGGCUCACUCUACCGUCAAUCAAGUUCAGCCUCUUCCGCCUAUGAUGCCGCCGCCUUCGCGCGAUUCUGUGGUGGCAGCCAGAGUGACCUUUGACGUCGAGGAAGACCCGCCUGACCCUCACCCUGGGGCUACAGGCAAGCAGAAAGGCACGCGGCUGGUUGGCGCAAAACUGGCCUUCUGCGACUCCCAGACCUCGCUACUCCCGGACCUCGCUGAUGCAUGA